AAUUAUUGAGAAUAACAUGGAAAGAACUCAACUAAACCUUCCCAGUAAUUCUAAUUCAAGCUCAAUGGAUACAAACAGUAAGUUAUCUCCAAAUAAGCCUGAAUUUGGAAUGCAUUCGCAUUACAGAAAAAAAAAUAGGCCAAGGGUUUUUCAGUCUGUUGGUGCAGUUCUUGCCAAUCUUAAGUACUCAUGUGAGGAAGGCAGAGAACCAAUUGCUGAACCCACUUCAGGCAAGGAAAAGGUUCAUGAAGCAUCUCUUGAGCAAAAACUCUCACAGGCAGAAGUGUAUGCAUCUUCUGAUGCACAUAAAGAUUUCAGUACAGAAAGUAAUAAUGUACUGAAAGAAAAUGUAAAUCAAACUGAUGAUUCAAGAGCAGUAGAGGAUGAUGACAUUGUUCACUUGGAAAGUGAUGAAGAAGACCAUGUUGUCCAAACUAAAAAUGUAGUACCUGAAACUUUAGAUGUUUUAGACGUCAUUGAGGAGAGAAGAGAGAGGAUGCAGGGAAUUGCAGAACGAGGAGAGUUAAGUGAUGUGCAAAGACAUCAAGAAAUUAUGUUUUCAGAACAAUUUAAAAAUAUUCCAGGUGUCAUGGAAGCUGUUCCAGAAGGAUACAGAGGUUUUCCAGAAAUCCUAGCAAAGGUGCUAGGAGGAGGAGUUUCAAUGAAGCAGCUUCUUCCAGAGCAAGAGGCCAUGUCACAUAGAGAGAAUGAGUUAAUUUCUAAAGAUAGUGUGAAAGAAAAGCAGGAGGUUACUCUUGAUGAUGAACAGAGUAAUCAGCUUGUUUCACAAAUUAGACAAGAUAUUUCAGUAAACAGAGUGCAUAGUGUGCCAGAAGAAGCCAGUGAUGUAGUGCCAGAGAACAGAGAAAAUUUCAUACUUGAAAGGAGAAAGAAUGAAGACUUAGGAGAAAUAUCAGAAGUUGUAUCAGGAGAAUUAAAGGGAAAGGAAGAGGAGGUUGUGCUAGAUGAGUUUCCUGAAGAAAAAAAGAGGUCCCCAAUAAGAGAUGACUUGUGUAUUACUAAAGAAGUCCAAGAAAGAGUUGUGCAGAAAGUAGAGGAUGAAGAUAUCAGAGUAGUGGUUGAUGAUGAAGUUAAUGUGUCAGGAGACCUAAAUAAUGACAGAGCUGUUGUGAAUGAAAAUGAUGACAGUAGAUCAGACGUGAAAGUUGUACCAGAAACUGAGGAUUCUGCAGAGGGAAUGAAGGAUGAUAUAAAGAAGACUAAAAUGGAGCAGAUUAUUGAAUUGGCAAAAUUAGCUGAAGAUGGUGAUUUUGAAAAAUUUCCGCUGAUGGAAUCUGCCCCUAGAGUGGGGGAGCUUAUUGCACUGAAAGUCGUUAGCCUUGAUGAAGGUUAUCGUCCUGUAUACUCGAACUAUGUAAAGGCACAAAUAUUGGCAGUGAAAGGAUGGAAAAUAAAGCUAAGAUAUAUUGAUGAUGUUGAGUCCGUGAAAAAGGGAGACAAAGAGGAAGUGGCUGACGUAGAAGAGGUUGAUUUGACUUCCGACGACGAGGAGCAAGAUGAUCUGAUUGAAGUGCUGGAUUGGCGUGACAUACAUGCUCCAAGGCUUCUUUAUCCUUGAAAGUGAUUAGAAUCACUAUUUUUAUUAUUUAUUUUAUUAUUUUAAUUGUUAUCUGUCAUCAGCAUCACAGGCAUGUUUAUGCUUUUUCAUUUAUAAUUUUUAUUUUUACAGAAUUUUAAUUUGGUUUGUUCCAAAACUAAUGGUAGUCAUUAGAUUGCUUAAAUUUGUAUGUAUGAUAAUUGCCCUCGUGUGGAGGGUUUAAAAGGACAUUAUGAUUCAUGUGUAUAGUUGAUACUAAAGAAGUCAGCUUGUAUUUGUAGUGCAAAGUUAUAUUCCUUUUGCUUAAAAAAAAGUGUAAGUAAUUCAGUGCAGUUAUCGUUUAUUUCAUUUACUUCAUUCUUACAAAGAUGAUGGAACUCAUCUGUGACUUUUUGUGAUUCAGGUGACUGAAGGUUAUUUUUAAAAAACCUUUAUUUUUUAUCUUUAUAAAAGAUAGAUGCAUAUUUUAAGGGUGAUUGGUAAAUGAUAUUAUAAAUGCAGUGUUUUUGGUUAUGAAUGAUAGCUGAUGUCUACUACUUGAACUGUAUCAGUUGAAAGGAAUUUAAAUGUUUUCGUUUUUAUUCUUCUAUAGCAUAUAGUGAAUGAAAGUUGGUUAGUAUCAUUAUCUUACUAGUGUAUAACAGUAAGUAGAAUGUGACUUACUUUUGGUGAAAGUGAAGUAAAACAAUUUACUGUCUAGGUGUCAGACUUAAGAAGCCAAAUUUAUGCCAACUGUUUUAGGACAUUGUAUAAUUGUUGCUUUUUCUCCUACCCAUCAAAUCUGAUGCAUCACCAAAGAAAUAAAAAUCAGCAACCUUCCAUUUAUGUUUAAAAAAAAAACUUCAAUAAAAUUGUCAUGUUAAUCUUUUGUAUUUUUAAUCUUUUUUAUCUAUACAUUUUCAUAUUUCUUAUAGGUUAUAAUGUUUCUGUUUUAGAGGUUCUGUUUAUAAUUGCCAAACCUAAGUAGUUUUUUCAAUGAUAGAUAUGCUUCAAAUUCUUUACUGAUAAACCCACAACCCAUUUAUUACAGGUAAAUUUGAUAAACUUUGGGGAGGGCUGGGAGGAAUAGUAUGUACUGCUUUGUGUCAGGGCUGUUGUUUGGGAAAUGAUAUGACAUCACCUGGUGUUAAUGGGUUAGGUUGAAAAUAUCAUAAAAGUGUUUUAUAAACCUAAUUCAGCAGACUUUAUAGCAGUAUACACUGUAGAGUUACUGUUGUUUAUGAGGCAGAUUUGGAACUGAAGCUCACUAUCAUCAUCAUCAUGAGGAAGUAUCAUACUACAUAUUACAAACUUGGAGAAAAGAUCAAAAUUUAAAACUCAAGCUAUGGUUUCUACUUGAUGUGUAUUACCUUUUUUUUCCACCAAAAGUCUAAAAAUCAAGUAAGCUGUAAAAUGAGGAUUGUCUGUACAUGAUAUGGAUGCUCACAAUGUACAAAAUCUUCCUUCACAAUAAGAUAUUCCUUUCAUGUGUUGGAAAAAAAUGUGUAUAUUACUGUAUUAUUGAAAUAGUAAUAAAACAAUUUUCAAAGGG